AUGGCCAAGACACGUUCACUUCUUACGAUCUCAUUUCUUAUGGCUGCUUUUGCAAGCUGCGGCUCGGCGCUCAAGAAGCAAAUGUAUGUGGGCACGGCGGUCAGUGUGAAUCAUCUGACCCAGGAUGCGAUGUAUAAGCAGUUGGUGGACCAGCACUUCAGCGUGAUCACUGCCGAGAACGAAAUGAAGUGGGGCGUCACAGAAAAGGAGCGUGGAAAAGAGCAAACGAAGGACGCUGACACUCUCAACGAGUACAUCAUCAAGACAAACAAAAAGCUCCGAGCACACACCAUCUUAGCUCACACCCAAAAUCCGGACUGGAUCCAAGGCGUGAACAAGGAGGAUAUGAAGACUGCAGCAUACACUCACAUGGAACUGAUCUUCAAGAAGUAUGCCAAGAACAUGAUAGCCAUGGACGUCUGCAACGAGAUCCUCGACGAGGGUGCGCUCCGUCAGACGAUCUGGCUCCAAACCUGGGGCGAAGAAUUCGUCGUCGACAUCUUCACUAAAGCCAGAGAAUUGGCCAAGAUGUAUAACCCUGACGUCUUGCUCUUUAUCAACGACUUUAGUAUCGAAGACAAGAAUGCCAAGUCGGACAAGAUGCUCGAAUUGGCUACUUCCCUAAAGAAAAAGGGCAUCUUGGAUGCCGUUGGUUUCCAAAGUCACUUGGAGGUCGGAAAGUUUCCCAAAGGUUUCAAGGAGAACUUGCAACGUUUCACGGAUGCAGGUUUACUCGUUGCUCUUAGUGAGCUUGACAUUCGGAUCAAGCUUCAAGGAAGAAGUGAAAGUGAGAUAGCGCAGGAUAGGCUGCAACAGACCAAGGACUUCGAAGCGGCCUUCGAAGUCUGUUCAAGUCUCGAGGGUUGUGUCGGCAUCACUCUUUGGGGGGUCUCGGACCAGUAUUCGUGGAUCCCGACUAACCCCGGAACCACUGACGCCGGUGAAGCCCUAAUGUUCGACAAAGACUACAAGCCCAAGCCGGCGUUCGAUAGCCUGAAAGCCUACUUCACACCCUCCAAAUCCAAGCGCGUCUCUCGUUCACGUUGUGCAUAGGACAUCCUCCUAGUUCCGUCGGUAUCAGCAGUGCUCGAACUGUCCAUAACCCAUCAGGUGGUCUUUAAUAAUUCUUGGUAGAUUUCAAGGUGUAGAAAUAAACCCCAAGCCGGGUACACAAA